GCUGGAGGUCAGUUGUUUUUGGAGAUUGGGGUUUGAACAUUUUCUAGUAAAUUUGGCCGCCCCCACUCCCCCGCCCACCAAACAGCUGAACACGGACGGCCAUGGGCGCAGAGAGCAGUGCGGCCCGAAGCUGCCGGUUGGAAGAGCCGCCGGUAACUCUGCCCGCCGGUCUCAGCGUGUAUCAGGCGGUGCUGGAGGAAGAGCAGCUGGUGUCCGUGUUCGUCUAUCAGCGGGGGAACGAGGAGGCCGUCAACAAGGCAGCUAAGCAUCUGAAAACCUUACGCCAUCCAUGCCUAUUAAGGUUCUUAUCAAGCACAGUCGAAGUCGAUGGAAUCCAUCUGAUUACUGAACGCGUGCAACCUCUUCAUAUGGUCCUUGAAGAUGUCUCCGCAAAUGAGAUCUGUGCAGGAAUCUUUGACAUCCUCCAAGCACUCAUUUUCCUGCAUGACAGAGGAAAACUGAGCCACAAUAACGUUUGCAUUUCGUCUGUGUUUGUGAGCGAGGAUGGUCACUGGAAGCUGGGAGGAAUGGAGUCCAUGUGUCAGUUCACUCAGGCAUCAGCUGAGUUCCUGUCCAGCAUCAAAUCGUUGAGAGAUUUGAGUGGCAUUGCUCCUGAGGAGCAGUCUGCAGGUUUUCAGAUUCUUCCCAAUACACAUGGACAUGCUCGGGAUGCUUUCUCAUUUGGGAUGAUGGUUGAGAAACUCCUUCCAUUGCUUAAUGAUGUGGUUGCAGAACAUUUGCAGACAAGUUUUCAAGAAACCUUAAAAGUUGCCCUCUUAAACCCAGACCCCAUGCAACGGCCACCUUUACAGAAUUUGCUAUCUCAUGAGUUCUUUAGCAGGAACGAGUUCUUGGAAGUUGUCAAUUUUUUAAAAGGCUUGACACUAAAAACCGAAGAAGAAAAGAAUGAGUUUUUCAAGUUCCUGUUAGAUCGCGUUCAGGGUUUACCUGAAGAUCUCAUGGCCUCCCGUCUGGUGCCACAGCUGCUAACUCCAUUGGUGUUUGCAGAACCAGUAGCAAUCAAAAGCUUUCUUCCACACCUCCUCAGGCCAAAGAAAGGCUCACCUGGUGAUGAUGAAUUCAGUUGCCUCCUGUCACCCAAUGUCUUUCGUGAACAUGUGAUUCCAAUUCUGUUGAAACUUUAUAGUGUGCGAGAGGAGCAUGUACGAAUGGUAUUGUUAUCUCACCUGGACACUUAUGCAGAUCUUUUUCCACUGGAAGACCUACAGGAAAUCAUUCUUCCACAGGUGUUAUUAGGACUAAGAGAUACCAGUAACACCCUGGUAUCUGGAACACUCUGCAGCCUAGCAGUGCUGGUGCCACUUCUUGGAGCUGAUGUAGUUGUUGGAGGUGAAAGAGCAAAGAUCUUCAAACGUACAACGCCAAACUUCAAAUCAACUGAGAUCACCCCUGAAGGUUCCCCUGCACAUGUCCGCAACAGUCACGAGCAUCACAGUCCUCUUGCCUUAAACAGCAAUUCAUUCAAAUUGUUUUCCAAGCUCUCUGAGCCAAAGCAGAACCCCACAAAUGGGAGGGAGAAAGGGCGAACAAAUCUCACUCAAAACCAGCACCCUGUGGCAUUUCGGAUAUUGGCAAAAGCCCAAUAUGAAGCACCAACAUCCAUAAUGUCACUGAAUGGUAUUCGUGGGAAUGGCAUUUCAGGUGCUGACAGUACACAGAACACAGUACUGACCCAUGAAUCUACUGAGGGUUGGCCAGACUGGAGCAAGUCAGAGGAAAAUGAAAGAAAUGCAGGAAUUCAGAAUGUGCCUAAAAAAGAUUGCACCAGAGCAGGAAAUCAAUCUGAGGACAUUACUGUAGAUGAUGAACCAUGGGAUGACUUUGAACCUGCUGCAGAUGAUCAUCCUAGUACAAUAAAACAAGAACAGCCAAUUAAACAACAAACUUCUGGCUUAACCACUACUGAGAGUAAGGCCCAGUCCAGAGGCAUGGAACUUUCUUUAGCACAGAAAACUCAUUCUGUAACAUCAUGUGGGAAUUGGAGGAAUGAUAACUGGAACCAGCAGAACUUGUCUAUAACAGAAAGUAAAAAAGCAGAUUCAAUUGGACGAAUGUCCUCCAGGCAGAAAACGACAAUGCAAAAAACACCCUUGAACAUGGGGCUGGGGGAGGAGUUCACCAUAAAUGUCAAGAAAAGGCCAGAGAGAGACCCUGAACUGGAUCUCUUUGCUGAUAUGAUACCGGAUAUUAAAGUGUCUUCCACAGGCUUGUUAGUGCCAACACAAAGAACAGAACCAGCUGGUAUUGCCAAAGCAACUGAAGCAGCAUCAAAAUUUACAGAGAAAAUGCUGAUAGCAGGAAAUAAUUUACAAACUUUAGCACUUAUGUCAAAGUUUGCUGCAGCAGACAUUGUUGAGAUGGAAACUGAAGGCUGGGAGGAUGAACUGAACUGGGAGGACAAUAGUUGGUAGAAUGGAAGAAAUUGUUCCUAAAACAAUUUCAUAAAUGAAGAUCAUCUUUGCUUUAGAUACAUAUUCCAAAUGCAAAUCUCAAACACCCCCACCACUUCCCACUAUCCUUUGACUACAUCUUUUCAAAACUUGCCAACCAGUUUAGCUUUAUUUUUGGACAUUAAGGCUGGAGUAAAGAAUAAUAAAGAUUGUGGUAUUUUAAUGUAUCUGCAAAUAUCUGAAAAAACAGCUUUUAAAAAGUGCCCACUGAGGGAUAUACUAGGAACCAUACAGCACCAUCAUCUGUUUACUUGUUAGUGUUUAUUGUGAUAACGGUCAUUUUAGUGAUGUUUACUGUACUAAAUACCAGAAAUGCUUUAUUUAAAAAUUGACUUUUUUUAUAAAGAUCUUCAAUGUUAUAUGGAGGAGAAGUGUACUGGCAGUGGUUCCUCUGUGGCUUGCAUUUGAAUACAUAGGAAAAAUUAAUUGCAAGGUUCGUCAGUGAAAUGUUUGAGUAGUCCAGAUUCUGGUGUAAAGAAGUGACAUUACUAUUUGUGUAUAUUUACACAAACUGUAACAAAGCAAUUUUGCUUGUGCUUCAAUGUAGUACUGCCUGAGCCCAAUCCCACCCAAUAUUGGGGUAGAGUGAGACUCCCUGGAGGAGUUAAUCUUGUUUAGAAGUCACAUUAGGUUUAAACACCUGGCUCAUGCUAUACAGCUUUAGAGCUAAUGUGAAGUCACCAGGCAGACACCAAACUUGUAGAGUUGAGUGCACCAUUAUAUGUCAAAUGUUUCUCAAGCAGACAUGACAAUUAUACUAAUUUGGAGUAAAGCCCUGCUUUAGGAACUCUAUAGUAUCCAAGUUGGUAAAUGUAUGGAUUGCAGUGUUUCUUUUUUGGAGGUAGCCAGACGUUUGAAUUACAGUUGGUAUUUUGAGUUGCAACAUACCUAAGUAUCAACUCUGUCCUGAUAUAAGGAUACUGAAAGAUGGCAGAAAAAUGUUGCUUUUAGAUCCUUGAGCUGCAGCAGAGCCAAAAUUUCUUGCCCUGCAAUCAUAUCCAGGAUAUAUUUUAGUGUCAUGUACAUCUAGACACACCUUGUAAGAACACUAUUGACUUGCAGGCAUCAGGAAAUCACCAGAUCAGUAAAGAUUUUAAAAUAUUUGCUUUAGGCCCAUGUAGAUACUUUAUUCAAAAUACCAAAUAGAAUAUUUAAAUUAAGGGUUUAAUUUGGGGGCUUGAUAAAUUUUGCAAUUUUCAGAAGUGUUGAAGUAUUGAUGGAAAUUUUAGUGAUUAUACUUUGUUUCAUAAUUGCAACUAUUUAUUUUUUUUGAUUAUGGGAACUACAUAGCAAAUAAAUAGUUCUAAAUGAA